AUGUGCACGCUAAGAAAGCCUUUUACCUGGUGUCACUCAAGCCUUCUCUUCCCCCCAACACUUUCGGCAGCUGUCAUCCAACACGAAAAGUGUCCCACGGCAAUGCCUGUCAUCGGCUACAACUGCGAUAGCGGCGCUGUGGUGGAAGUUGUAAACCCUGGAACUGAGGCGCUUGGUUUUGCAGGGAAAACUGUCAUCCCUGGCGGCGUCGUCUCGGCAGCUUCCGCAGGCGAUGGGGUUCUUUACUACCUCCCAAUGCCGUCACCCUCGAUGCUGCAUCGGCGCAACUUGGAGAGCGGGGCGGAUGAGACCGUCGAGACUUUAGCUCGCGCGCACACGCAGGUUUUCUUCCACCGCAACAAGGUCAUGUGCGUUUCCGCCGGGAGCAACGAGGUAUCCGUGUAUGACCCGCUCUGCAGUGUGACUGAGAUUAUCUCUCUUCCGUACCGUCUCCUUCGCGCCGAGCCGGCCGACCACGGCUUCGUCUUUCUCAGCGAUUGCAACAAGGUGUUCGGCUACGAUUUCAACAAGGGCCUGACAGAGGUGAUGAACGGGGGUAGCAUAACGAGUUUUCUGGGCCACUACAAGCAGUUCGCUGUUGCGCUGCUUCACGACGGCGACGAGCGCGUGGUGGGCGUCACUGAGGCUGGCAGCAUGGUGGAGCUGGACGCGGUGUUGCCAGUUGUGCCGUUCACGUCGUUGGAUGAUGUGGUUCUCCACACAAACGACAAAGAAGUGGUGUCGUCGAAGGGUGGAAGCGCGGCUUCUCCUGUCGGGGAAGUCCACCUUUCGAGCUCGCAGCCAACUGAUAGCGAAGUCCUGUGCACCAUUUGCUUGUGCGAGCUCGAUGGUGACGACGGUAUGACCUUGGACUGCGGGCAUUACUUUCACAAAGAGUGCAUUGAGCAGUGGGUGGGCAACUGGAUGGACUUCGCGGCGAAGGGUGAACACGUGAAAUUCACCCGCGCUGUUUGCCCUGGCGGGUGCAAGCACUUGGUUCGCCACCCUCUGCUGACACAAUCGAAGCAGAUCAGCGAGUUGUACACGGAGGUGACUGCGAAAAAGGCGGAGCAGCUAAGGCACUUUGAUGCGACAAAGGCCGAGCACAAAUUCCUUUUCUAUCUCUGUGGCAGGUGCGGGGGCGUAUUCUACGGCGGCGAUGAGGUGUGCUCACGGAUGCAGGGGCGCGAACCGUCGUCUUCCCCGCAAGAACUGGUCUGUGAUACUUGUCUAGCAAAGGGCCACAGAACCUGUGACACUCUGACGGCCGUCUUCAAGUGCCGCUACUGCUGCAAUCCCGCCACACAGCGAUCGUUCGGUACUCGUUUCGCGUGCGAUCGGUGCAUCGCGCGGUGGGACAACGCGGAGCCCGCGUUCAUUCCGUGCCCGGGAGCCGACAGCUGCCCGUUUGACGGAAAUCACCCGGAGCCCGCCUGCGACAUUGCGGCCUGUCUUACGUGCCUCGAUCCAGAAAUGGUGAGCCAUAUUUUUGAUCGAGUGGUGGGAACGGCUGACGGUGCAGGUGGUAGCGCCGAUUAG